CACAGUUCACUCGGGGAAGAUAAAGAGACCAAAAGGGCGGGAGAGCGAAUCGAGGUAAAAGAAAACCAAACUUCAAAAUGGCGAUUCCUGCAGAUCCAAGGGCUUUUGCAACACUAAGUUCUUGUUAUCCACGGCGUUCUCCGGCGUUCCUUCAUCCUCGUAAGGCGGACCUCUCUAGUUUUGUUCAUAGAAGAUAUGGAAAUAAAGGAACAAGGCCAAAAUGGCACACCAUGUCCCACGAAAAUGAUAGCCUACAUAGUAUCUCCCUGGAAAAUGUUGAGAGCUCAGAAAAUUAUGAACGAUCAUCAAAAUCCUUAAGCGAAGAAAGCUUCAUCCUCAGUUCCAUGAACAUGAACUUUUUGGAACGAUUAACAUUGGCUUGGAGGAUAAUUUUUCCAUCAUCAGCACCUAAAAUGGAAUCUAAUGCCACAAUUGCUAAGCAGCGGUUGAAGAUGAUUCUCUUGUCAGAUCGAUGUGCAGUGAAUGAUGAAGCUAAACAAAAAAUUGUGGACAACAUCUUGAGUACUCUUUCAGAUUUUGUAGAAAUAGAUUCGGAAGAUAAAGUUCAAUUUAACGUCUCUACUGAUUUAGAUCUCAGAACAAUUUAUUCUGUAACGGUGCCGGUGCGAAGGGUGAAGGCUGAAUAUCAAGGCAGUGAGGAGGUUGGAGAAAUCGCGAAUACAAACUUGAAAGAUGAUGGAGAAGAAUCUGGCUCUGCAGGUCUCAUUUUCGAUUCAUUAGUUGCAGAUGGAAAAGUUGUGGACUGUGCGGCCAGUAAAUACAAGCCCAAGCCCAAGCCCAUAAAAAAGAAUCAAAAUUUGGCAGAUUCUUUAUGAACGAAAUAGAAAAAGACAAAAAUGAAAAAAUUGAACCCGACGUGAAUCGAACACGCAACCUUCUGAUCUGGAGUCAGACGCGCUACCAUUGCGCCACGGAUCCACGGACGAAAAACUAUUCACUCUGCAAUGAUGCCUGUGUGAAGGCCCAGUAUCAAGCCAGUGACAAAGUUGAAGCAGUAAAAUUUACGAGACUGCUUCCUUUUAA